CACCGAAAACACGAUGGACUAGUUUCAUUUUUCUUUCAUGGAUUUUGGGUCUCGGUUGGAGUGUAGGGGAGCAUCCAUAGCCGACUGUCAUAAACCUGACUGUGACUGAGUUGAAAUGGCGUCGGACAACACACAGCGCAGUUACUCCAUCAUACCCUGCUUCAUCUUUGUGGAGCUGGUCAUCAUGGCGGGCACUGUGCUGCUGGCAUAUUACUUCGAGUGCACAGACACGUUCGGCAUCCACAUCCAGGGUUUCUUCUGUAAUGAUUCUGAGCUGAUGAAGCCUUAUCCCGGUCCUGAAGAGAACAGCUUCAUCCCUCCGUUUGUUCUCUACUGUGUGGUGGCUGCUGCUCCAACUGCUGUCAUCUUUAUUGGCGAGAUCUCGAUGUACACGAUGAAGUCCACCAGAGAGGCCCUCAUUGCCCAAGAAAAGACCAUCAUUACUGGGGACUGCUGCUACCUAAACCCACUUAUUCGCAGGAUGAUCAGGUUUAUUGGUGUGUUUGCAUUUGGCCUGUUUGCGACGGACAUCUUUGUGAACGCAGGGCAGGUAGUGAUGGGCGGCCUCGCACCAUAUUUCCUCAAUGUUUGCCAGCCCAAUUACACUGGCACAGAAUGCCGUUAUAACCACCAAUUCAUCGUCAAUGGCAACAUCUGCACGGGGAAUCGGGUGGUGGUGGAGCGAGCCAGGAGGUCCUUCCCAUCCAAAGACGCCUCGCUUAGUGUCUACUCAGCCGUCUACGUCACUAUGUACAUCACGAGCACCAUCAGGACAAAAAGCAGUCGUUUGGCGAAACCCGUGCUGUGUUUGGGGACGCUGUGUGCUGCGUUUCUUACUGGGUUAAAGCGGGUGUCCGAAUAUCGCAAUCACUGCUCGGACGUCAUCGCUGGAUUCAUCUUGGGAGCCUCCAUUGCUCUUUUCUUGGGAUUGUGUGUGGUCAAUAACUUCAAAGGCACUCAUGCGACUCCUGCUAAACGGAAGACGGAAGAAUACCGUGGCCUACCGCUCAUGACGUUUCCUCGUGUGGAGAGCCCACUGGAGACCCUCAGUGCACAGAACCAUUCAGCAUCCAUGACUGAGGUGACUUGACUAAGGGGCCGUCACCAAGUCACAUUCGCUUCACCUCAACACUUCUAGCACAAGAUGUUUUUGUACUGUCACAUACUGUAAAAAAUCAAAGAAAAUUGUAUUAUGUUGGACCAAGUUAGAGGUUUUGUACAUUUUGUAAAAGAUGACAGUGCUGUAGAUUUUCCUUCUGUUAUCUGAUUUCACAUUACGAGUUAUGCCUUCCUAGUCAUGUUUUACAUCACAAAAACAGUCUAUAUAUAAUGUUCCUGAACUCUCAAUGUUAUGUGGUAUUUGUACAAAGGAUUAUUUUAUUUUUAUUGUUUUUUUUUAACAAAGAUCAUCUUUUUGGUAGGUUUAUUUUUAUCUGUAUAAAAGAAAUCAAUGUUCCAGUCAAUGUUGCUUGCUGUUUGUUUUCAGGAAUGUUUUUGGUAUUCCUAUUUUUUGACGUAAGAUAAAAAAAUAAGAGAUGCACAUUGAAUUGUGACUUUUUUAUUUAAACUGCAUCUUCAAUUUGCCUUUUGCAUGAAAAGUACAGACAUUUGACAACCUGUUCCAUUUUUGAACUGUGUAAUGUUUUAUGUUAAAGGUUUGCAUUUCAUGUGAGAUGCUAAAUAUAUAUUUUUAUUUGUCUGUCAAAUAAAUAGUCUGUAGUUGA